UUGCCGUCUUCAGUUGCCGAAAGCGAAUCGGUCUCUCGCGUUUCAGUAUUUAUUAAAGAAAACAAGCCAACUAUCAACGCUAAAAGUUGGUUCAUAUACCAUAAGAACAUUCUUUAACAAACGAAUUAAAUAGUAGCUAUAUAAUAACUCCAGAAGAUGGCGGAAACGAAUCAAUGAGCCAGCCAGGUACGAGGAAAAGCGUCGAAGAAGAAGGAGGAGCGCACUGCGCAUGUGUAAACGAGUGUGGUUUUAUUUAUUUCAAGCAUGGCUCUCGUUCCCUAUGUAGAAAACCCAUUGCCCGUGCUUUCCAAACUCCACAAUUCAUCAGCACAGUUUAGGUUUGCCAACCGCGACCUCCGACUCGCUCAGGACUGGAAAAAGCUCGGUGUGGCGGCGGUUGUGUGGGAUGCGGCGGUGGUCAUGUGUAUGUACUUGGAGCUGGGAAGAGUGGAGCUAAAGGGGAAGAAAGCAAUUGAAUUGGGAGCUGGCACUGGUCUAGUGGGCAUUGUAGCAGCUCUGCUGGGUGCCAGAGUGACCAUCACUGACAGAGAGCCUGCGCUGGACUUCCUCUCCGCCAACGUGAAAGCAAACCUGCCCCCAGAUUCCCAACAAUCAGUGGUGGUCUCCGAGUUGACCUGGGGCGAGGGCCUCGAGCGAUACCCAGCCGGAGGGUUUGAUGUGGUUCUGGGUGCAGAUAUCAUUUACCUGGAGGACACGUUUUUGCCUCUGCUGGAAACGCUGGAGCACCUGAGCUCAGACGCCACUGUGGUGUUACUGGCCUGCAAGCUCCGCUAUGAGCGAGACACAAACUUCCUAGGCAUGCUUAAGCAGCGCUUCACCGUCGAAGAAGUCCACUACGACAAACAAAGAGACAUACACCUAUACAAAGCUUGCAAACUGACACGGAGGAGAGACUUGUGACCAUUUGUUUGUUUUAAUAUAUGAAAUAAAAUGUUUUAAAAUCAGA